AUGGCUACUUUAUUGGAUGUAGUUUAUGGUCCAACGGAGACAUUUUAUUCGAUUCAUGAAGCAUCAGUGAGUCAUCUUUUAGAAAAAGAUGUUUUUAUAGAAAAUAAAAACUCAGCACUUGGCCGAUAG